GGCACGUACCAGGGGGCGGGGUCCCGGAGCUGGAGCAGGGUCCGCGCGGAGCCUCCCGGGCGGUGCGGGGGGAGACUCCGCGCCCCGCCGCGAGCCAUGUUCCGCUACCAGUCCCUUGAGGACUGCCCUCUAGAUGAGGAUGAUGAAGCCUUUCAUAAUUUGGCAGAGGAAGACGAAGACAUUGACCAGUUCAACGAUGAUACAUUUGGAGCGGGUGCAAUUGAUGAUGACUGGCAGGAAGCCCAUGAAAGAUUGGCAGAGCUGGAAGAAAAGCCUGCAUCCUCAGGAGAGCAAGCGGACCGGGGAGUCGCAGAUGAGAUGGACCUGCUGGGAGACCAUGAAGAGAACCUGGCAGAGAGGCUGAGCAAGAUGGUGAUUGAUAAUGAGCUGGAAGAUCCAGCCAUCAUGCAGGCUGUGCAAACCCAACCCCCGGUACAGCAACCAGGUGGCCUCAACUCAAGCAUCUGGGAUGGCCCUUCGGUUCUCAGGCGCAUCAGAGGACCGCUUCUCACUCAGGAAGUGCCCUCUGUAUCGGUGCUGGAAUAUGCCCUGCCACAGAGGCCUCCACAAGCCCGGGAAGAGGAGCAGGACCUGUCGGAGCGGGCACUACCCAGAAGGUCAUCCUCGCCAGUCAUUGGUAGCCCUCCUGUUAGGGCUGUGCCUAUUGGGACCCCGCCUAAGCAGCCCACCAUGCCCAACUUUAACCAGCAGCAGAUCCUGUGUCCAAAGCCUGUUCACAUCAGAGUCCCAAUUCAGCAGCGUUAUCCGAGUCCCUUCAAUGAGAGGAUGUCUCCGAACCAACUCUGCAAUGUGACGAACUCCUCCCUCUUGGGCCACCCAUUCCCUCCCAGCGUAACUCCUGUUCUCACCCACCUCCAAAGGGCACAGCUGCUAGGAGGAGCACAGGCAGGUAGGAUGUCUCCCAGCCAGUUUGCACGAGUCUCGGGUCUUGUUAGCAGCCCUCUUGCGUCCAUGAACCCCAAACUGCUCCAAGGCCGAGUCGGGCAGAUGAUGCCCCCAACCAGCGGGUUUCGUGCCUUCUUUGGGGCACCGCCUACACCAUCGUCACAACACCAUGCCCCAUGUCCUGGAGCCCACUUGCAGAAUCUAAGGCCUCAACCACAGAUAUUCAGGCCAGAUACCACCCACCUUCACCCACAGCACCGGCGACUCUUACACCAGAGGCAGCAGCAGAACAGGAAUCAGCACCGGAAUCUGAAUGGGUCGGCAGGGGACCGAGGGAGCCACCGAAAUAACCAUCAGGAGCAGAUAAGGAAGGACCCGUAUGCCAAUCUCAUGUUGCAACGGGAAAAGGACUGGGUGUCCAAGAUCCAGAUGAUGCAGCUGCAAAGCACUGAUCCAUACUUGGAUGACUUCUACUACCAGAACUAUUUUCAGAAGCUGGAAAAACUGUCUGCAGCUGAAGAGAUGCACGGUGAUGCUCCUAAAAAGGAGCGCACUAAACUGAUCACCCCACAAGUGGCAAAAUUGGAGCAUGCCUACAAGCCAGUGCAGUUUGAGGGCUCCCUAGGGAAGCUCACAGUCUCCAGUGUGAAUAACCCCCGCAAAAUGAUUGAUGCUGUAGUGACGUUACGAGGUGAAGAAGACGAGACAAAAGAGAAGCAGGUUCGGGAUAAAAGGCGCCAAACGCUCUUCACUAUUGAGAAGACUUACAGUCUCCUCCUGGAUGUAGAAGAUUAUGAGAGGCGGUACCUCUUGAGCCUGGAGGGUGAUAGGCUGGCCUUGAUGGAAGAGAGGAAGCAGAAGAUCUGUGACAUGUAUGACAAUCUGAGGGGGAAAAUGCCCAACCAGGAAAGGCUAAGUGAUGACCCUUUUGUGCAGAUUAUGUGUAUUCGGAAAGGAAAGCGCCUGGUUGCCCGAAUCCUGGCCUUUUUGUCCACAGAGCAAGCAGCCGACAUGCUUAUGGCUACAUCCAGGAACUUGCCCUUCCUAAUCAAGAAAGAUGCUCAGGAUGAGGUGCUACCUUGCCUAUUGAGGCCCUUCUCCCUUGUUCUCUAUCAUCUUCCAAUGGGAACUGUUGCCAGCAUCCUACAGCAACUAAUGAACCUACCUCAGAGCACAACGUCAACAGCAUCUGCCAACUUACAUCUUACAGCGGUGCUCCAGAACAAGUUUGGCCUCUCUCUGCUGUUCUUGGUCUUGAGCCGUGGGGAGGAACUGCAGAGUUCAGAUUCUACUACAGAUCUCAUGCAAGACAACCAGUGGACGGAACUGAUGUUCAUGGCAACCAGAGAGCUUCUCCGGAUCCCACAGGCAGCCUUGGCCAAGCCAGUGUCUACUCCCUCUAAUCUUUUAUCUCUCUUCUCUCGCUAUGUUGAUCGGCAGAAGCUGAAUGUGCUAGAGACAAAGUUGCAGUUGAUUCAAGAAAUACGGUAGAAGGCCUCAAAAUGCUGCCAUGCUGGUCUCCAUCGCUGCUGCCACCUCCAGAGUAUUUUAGUGGGCAAAGAGGAGGCAGUGCCUUCUUGAAAUAAACCCUUGUGGGAUUAUGGCUCUGGCCUUGCACCGAAGAUUGCUCUCUUGCUCUGAGCUUGGCAGGGGAUGUGCUUUCCUUCUCUGCCCCUCAUUGCCAGUUUGCAGUUCUGCAUGUCCUUGCUGCAUUAAAUUCACCCAAGGCCCUCCCUUCCCUCAGCACUUUCCAUCCAUACGCAGACCCCAUUCUCCCCACCACACUACUGAUGACCUAGUAGGGAAAAUAGUUCCACCUUCCAGUCUCGUUGCUAAGAACACACAGGGGCGGGGAGAUAAAUCAUGUUCCUUUACUGUGGAAAUGGAGAGGCUAGAUGCUUCUGUCUCUCCUAUAUGUUGGAGUGAGUUUAAAUGAUGGGAAUUCCUUCUGAUUGGCCCACCGGUGAGUCUAUUUUUUGCCCUCCCAGUGCCAGAUGCCUCAUUAUAGAGUUGGCCAUCCCCUACAAAACCAUCCCCUUUCUGGACUUUGCGAUGACGCAACAUCAUCUUUGCACAUGUGUCUAGUCUUCCCAAGACUCAUUUUCUACCUGAGCUUUUUGUCUCUUGACCUACAUCUUGCUUCAAGCUCCAGCUGGCCAAGAUCCCCUGUAGGCUAACCAGUAAGGUACCAGGAAUUAAUUCCCCUGGAACAGAUUAAUCUUAGUGAAUUUCAAUAUCAUACACUGCUAGGAUCUGCUGUUUUUUGCUUCUCUUUCGGAAUGUGGUGGGGGUUUUUUACUCUGCUUUUGAAAACAAUUUGCACAUGUAGGUAUUCUCCAACCAGUAAACUCCUGUUACUAAUUCGCUGCCUCUCCACAGUAUUCUCCUUCCAUCUCCUUUUCCCCUCUCUUCUUGAAUCCAAAUUUCUAACUAACUGUUCCACCACUUCCUUCCCUCUCAGUCCCUUAAUCUUUCUCGAUCCCUUUCUUCCACCCGUACUCCCUUCAGUACACACGAUCAAGUGGUCCAUAAUUAUUAUUAUUACUAUUAUUAUUAUUAUUGUGCUUUUACUUUUUGGUUUGGUUAUGAUUAAUGAAAAUUUCUAAAUUUACAUUUUUAUAGGGUAUUGUAAAUAAAAAAAGUUCUAUACUU